UUAUAUAUGAGGCCUGUGAUAUUUACCUGUGGGUGGUGGAUUUGCACUCCACGAUAGAUACAAUGAUAAGAAGUCGUGCCCUCAAGUUGUGCGGGUAUUUUCUCUUGGGAAUACAUGUUUUCUUUUUACUGGAUGUGUUCUUCUUCCACUUCAUAAGUUCAAGUAAAAAAGUAUUGACACAAAAUGAAGGCCAUUCUCAGUCAGAUUCUCAAAAACUAUCAGUAAGUGUUGGCCACAAAAUAAGAAAGACUGGAGCAGCAGGAGAGAAAGCCCACCAGGUGAUAUUAGAUGAACUGAAUAAAGACUAUGCAGAACAGACUGAUCCUAAGUUGAUAACAGUUAUAAAGGAAGACUGGAUUGAUCCCCCAUGGGAUGGAGCUGCUAGACAUGUCAGCAGAAAAUAUCCCUCAAACAAAGAGACAGAUGUUUUGAAGAAACUUCUGAAAAAGGAAAAAGGCUUCUUCUUUGAGUAUAUUGCUGGCUUGCAGUCUUUUACCCUGUACUUAGAACAAGAGAAGAAGUGGACAGGACUCCUCGUUGAGCCAGAUUCAAAAGCAUACAGUCUUCUGCAAAAGAGAAAAAGAAAGGCAUAUACAGCUAAUGCAUGCCUUUGUAUAAAACCCUUUCCAACUUGGGAACAGUUGGAACUUACAUCGUAUGGAAAUAACACAAAAGCAAGGAAGUUUACAAGAAAUAUAGAAUGUCAGUUUUUUCCUUUAUUGUCUCUACUACUUGCAGUAAAGCACACAGAUGUUGACUUCCUCAGUCUGAGAGUCAGUGAACUUGGUGAUAAUGAUGUGCUUAAUCUUUUAAAAGCCAUAAGAUUUGACAACAUAAAUAUUGAAGUUAUUUCUACAACGAUUUCUUUACAAACGGAGGCUAAAAAUGUCCUUGAAUAUUAUCUGGAAAACAUUGGUUUUAAGCUUAUCACUGAAAUAUCUGACAAUUCAAUUGAAAAUACACUGAUAUUUAGCAAAAACAGAGAUGAGGGCCUGUAAUUUCUUGAAUUGAUAAGGAUUUGUGUAUUUAUGAAAAUUUGAUCUUUGUCAACAUUUUCUUUUUUCAAUCUACAGUUUAAUGUCUCUGUAAUUUGGAGUCGUUUUUUAUAAGUUAUAUCAGUAAAUGCAUUUUUCUUAAAAAAAAAACCAAAUGAGCACUGAAUCAAUAUUAUCAUGAUCUGCAGUUAUACCAAUGUUUUUAAUAAGAACACCACUUUUUUGUUGCUAGAAAUAUUAUUUCAUGAUUUUUUCUUAUUGUGUAUUGCGUCAUGUUAAAGGAAGUUAAGUGCCCCUAGCAUUUAUUAUACUUCUCUUAUUCUGGUACUUUAACAUUUUACUGAUAUGCACACCUGCCAGUUUUAGACAAUUGUGGAUUUUUCAAAGUGCUUAGUAAGAUAAUUGAAGCACUAAAAAUCUUGAUGUGCAAGUAUAUCACGCCCCUCUUUGAUAGAAACCUGUUUACCUAUAAUGAUAUGAUUUUUUGUUGUCCUGGGUGUUAUUAUGUAAAUAAUAAACCUCUGCUAUCUAUUGAACAUCAUAUAUUCCUUGUUCAUUUAUUUUCUUAUCAUGCCUAAAACAGUGUAACUUAAGAUUGCAGAAGUGUGAAUCUAAAUGGGUAAAAUCCAAUAACAGAAAUGUUUUAGUAAAAUGGUUGAAAUUUAAUGUCAUUGCUGAAGUGCAUUCUACUACCAAAAGUUGUACAGAAGUGAUGUUCAAAACUGCUCUAAAUGCCUGCUUAGUCACUUGUCAUAGAUUUGACUUGAACUAUUGUAAAGCUUAGUUUUUUGGUACUAGUAGAUAUGUUUCCAUUUCAUUCAUUUGGUAUUGUACAGACUUACUUUAAUUAAUUACAGUUCUUAAAAUCCUAAACAGCCACUUAGUUAUGUGCAAUAGAAUUGACCAUGACCUGACUUUAAGACUACUAAUUUACAUGUAUCCUGUAUUUUCACAUAACUCUGCUAGUUUAAAAAUUACUACCAUAUCAGUUAAAUGUUUAAAUGAUAGAAGUAAAGGCAGUACAUAGAUUGUUGAAAAUGUUGAAGUAGCCACUGGCAGAUUUGACUGCAUUUUACUUGGUUACUGAAUGCAUAUCUGGGAGGAUCAAGCUAAGCAAGUGCAUAGAUUUUUUGUAGUGAAUAACUGCCUCUUUUUUUUUCAGUUUUUUUUAUAGUACGAUCAUAGUGCUUUAUUUACAAAACUAGGCUUUU